AUACAUUUAUUCUCCCGCAGUAAAUCUCUACUCUCACAUAUAAUUCCCGGGAAAAUCCAACCAAUCUCCUCCACAAGCAUACCCGAUUCACCGCCGCGCCGCUGCCGCUGCCGCCGCCGCCCACGUGAUCUCCGACCACAUGGAUUCCCCCAGCACGAGCACAUUCUCCCCCGACACCAAAACUCCGCCGCCGAAGCUUCUCGGCGCCUCCUACCGCCGCCCCUCUUCCUCCCGCACAAUUUACGGGGAUCGCUUCAUCCCCAGCCGCUCCUCUUCCAAUUUCGCCCUCUUCAAUCUGCCUAAUUCCAGCUCCAAUGCCUCUUCCGAAGAUUCCAAUUCGGCCUACAUCAACCUCUUAAAGUCCGCCCUUUUCGGACCUGAAUGCGUCAGCGGAUUUCAGCCCUUGACGCCUGAGAAAUCUGCCUCCGGUGGGAGAUUUGGCGGCCGGAGUACCAGCAACGGUAGUGUUUUCCAGACUAGCCCUCCGAAUUGCAAUAUUUUCAAGUACAAGACUGAAACGAGGAAAUCUCUGCAUUCCCUGUCGCCGUUUGGGUUCGAUGAUCAGCUCCCAGGGGUUCCUCACAGUCCUGUUAAGGCUCCCCGGAAAGUUCCUAGGUCUCCUUACAAGGUUCUGGAUGCACCUGCUCUGCAAGAUGAUUUUUAUCUUAACCUCGUCGAUUGGUCUUCCCAUAAUGUGCUGGCUGUGGGACUGGGAAACUGUGUUUAUCUGUGGCAUGCUUCUAGCAGCAAGGUAGUGAAGUUGUGUGAUUUAGGAUCUGAUGAUAGCGUCUGUUCUGUUGGCUGGGCGCAACGCAAUACACAUCUUGCUGUUGGAACUAGCAAUGGGAAACUCCAACUGUGGGAUGCCUCCCGUUGCAAGAGGAUAAGAACUAUGGACGGACAUCGGAUGCGAGUUGGAGCCCUAGCCUGGAGUUCAUCCUCAUUGUCUUCAGGAAGCCGCGACAAAAGUAUUCUUCAGCGUGAUAUACGAGCUCGGGAAGAUUACGUUAGCAAGUUAAGCGGACAUAAAUCAGAGGUUUGUGGAUUGAAGUGGUCUUAUGACAAUCGAGAAUUAGCAUCAGGUGGAAAUGAUAAUAGACUUUUCGUAUGGAAUCAACAUUCGACCCAGCCCGUGCUAAAAUUCUGUGAACACAGUGCUGCUGUAAAAGCAAUUGCAUGGUCGCCCCAUCUUCAUGGACUCCUUGCUUCUGGGGGUGGCACUGCUGACCGAUGCAUUCGUUUCUGGAAUACAACUACUAAUACACACCUAAGUUGCAUGGAUACUGGAAGUCAGGUGUGCAAUCUUGUGUGGUCGAAGAAUGUCAAUGAACUUGUGAGCACCCAUGGCUACUCUCAAAACCAAAUAAUUGUGUGGAGAUAUCCUUCAAUGUCAAAGUUGGCUACUCUAACAGGCCAUACAUACAGGGUACUCUACCUUGCCAUUUCACCAGAUGGGCAGACAAUCGUAACAGGAGCAGGAGAUGAAACACUUCGGUUCUGGAAUGUUUUCCCUUCACCUAAAUCUCAGAACACUGAAAGUGAAAUCGGGGCAUCAUCUCUUGGAAGGACGCAAAUUCGCUGAUCCUCUGUGGUGUAUGACUCUGCAUUGUCAUCCUAUUUAUUCUUUUUUGCGCUGCUCACAACGAAUGUUACGGCUCCUAACACAGCAACGCGAGGCAACGAUGACUUGGGAGACGACACAGACCUGAGGAAGAUUUGCAGAAGGUUACAAAUACCAGCUGAUUGUUCUCGCAAUCAAGCAAAAUUUGGUAAAUAUCUUAUGUUUCUUUGUAGAGACAUGACUAAGUGUAUAGGAGUUGCUAUAUGCUGCUUAUAACAUUUGGUUGAAGAGAUGUCUAAGCAUAAGAUGUUUCCGGCUCCCUAUUUAUUUUAUUGUAAAUAGUUAUUCUUCGAGUUGAGGAGAUCGUUUAUCAAUGAAAUACUCCCUCGUUUUUCUUUA